UGGCGUGCAAAGCGGGCGCGCCUGCGAGAGCGGAGCCCGGACCGUGAGCGCGCUCUUGAUGAGAACAGCCCGUCCAAUUAUGCGUGUGCCCCCCUCGGACACUCCCUUCUCACUUCAGUGCUUACUCAACCACGAAAUCCAGCGACCAAUUCCCAGAUACUGGACAUUUAAAACCGGACCGAGCCAUCACUAUUCAUUCCCGAAGAAGCGACGGAGUGAUGCGAAUGCGUUUAGUGUCACGCGGAACAGACUGCGCUCGUGUGUUUAUGAGAAACGGCAAGACAAAAAGUCACGUGAAGACAACAUUCAAGACAGCUGAUGAGAGGCAGCAAGAAGAAGAAGAAAUUUGACAAAUGGCCGCACCUGAUCUUUUAGAUCCCAAAUCAGCCACGCACAACACCAAACCCCGGCUGUCGUUCUCCUCCAAACCCAUCGUCCUUAACUCGGCGGAUGACUGUGAGACCCUAACCACGGUAAUGAAGUGGAAAACGGUACUAGCGAUCUUCCUGCUGGUAGUUCUGUACCUGAUCAUUGGAGCCACCGUGUUCAAAGCCCUGGAACAGCCUGAGGAGAGCUCGCACAAGUACCUCAUAGUAAAGGAGAAACUCGACUUCCUCUCCAAGCACGCCUGUGUCAACACCUCUGAGCUGGAGGAUCUGGUAAAGCAAGUGGUGUCUGCUAUUCGUGCAGGGGUCAAUCCCUCAGGACACCCCUCCAAUGGGACCAGCAUAUGGGACUUCAGUAGCUCCUUCUUCUUUGCAGGAACGGUCAUCACUACGAUAGGGUUUGGAAACAUCUCUCCACACACAGAGGGAGGAAGGAUAUUUUGCAUAAUCUAUGCCUUGCUGGGGAUUCCACUCUUCGGCUUUCUCUUGGCUGGAGUGGGCGAUCAGCUGGGAACCAUAUUUGGCAAAGGAAUAGCAAAAGUUGAGAAGAUUUUUGUGAAAUGGAACGUGAGUCAAACCAAAAUCCGUGUGACAUCCACAGUCCUGUUCAUCCUGUUUGGAUGCCUGCUGUUUGUGGCCAUCCCCGCGCUCAUCUUCCAACACAUCGAGGGCUGGAGCACUCUGGAAUCCAUCUACUUUGUUGUCAUCACAUUAACCACUAUUGGAUUUGGAGACUUUGUGGCAGGAGGAUCCGAAAUAGACUACCUGGACUAUUAUAAGCCUAUCGUGUGGUUUUGGAUUCUGGUGGGUCUUGCCUACUUUGCUGCAGUGCUUAGUAUGAUUGGAGACUGGUUUCGGGUCAUAUCCAAGAAGACCAAAGAAGAGGUUGGAGAGUUUAGAGCGCACGCUGCAGAAUGGACGGCUAAUGUGUCGGCCGAAUUUAAAGAAACGCGGCGGCGGCUAAGUGUGGAAAUUUACGACAAGUUUCAGCGGGCGGCAUACAUCAAGCGCAAGCUAUCCUCGGAGCUCGGGCAAAACCCUGGACAAGACUUGAUGUCAUGCAGAAGGACCCUGUCUGUUAACUUCACAGAUGAACUAGAGAAAGAACCAUCUACCCUAACCAAAACUGGCAGUCUCUACCUGAACGGACUAACUCCAGACUUUCCCGAUCUCCGAGAGAUUUCCGUUAUUGAGCGUCUUAAAUAAGAUUUUGUCUCUUGUUGCUCAAAAACUUUUAUAUGAAGAGGAAGAUAUGUCUGGGUCUACAUAUCUGUUUUAUUAGGAUGUUUCAUAUCUAGACAUUUUCUUUCCUGGACUUAUGGAUUUGCCAAAACUAUUGAACUCAUUGAGGGGAAAAACAUAUGCCUUGUCUGCAUUUUUAGGAAUUGUGAUAACUUUUAAUAAAGUCUGUAUUUUUUUAGCAAAACAAGCCAGAAGCUUUUAAAAUACAGUGAAUCAUGUUUGUGCCUUAACUUUCAUCAGGAAUGGAUUUGCCAGCAGCUGCUACAUGUUGAACGAUAAAGAGAAAGAAUGAACCACAACCCCAGUUUGUACAUCAUUGUGUCCAAACAAUGAAAAACUUUAUUGUGAUUCAACAGCCAUGUUUUUAUCUUGCAUUAGUAUAUUUACAUCUGUUUUUAACAUACUUUACAUGACUAUCAACUACUGUAGCUUCAUUGUAUUUCAAAAUGGUGCAAUUCUGUAAGCAAAUCAAGUUUUACUACCUUUUACUAAACUUUUUUUUCUGUUUUUUUCCCUAAAAUAUAAACGCACACAAAAAUAGUGGGUUAUUUACAAUCCAGUGUUGUGUCAAAAAGGGACAAACUUGGCUAUUUAAAUUAAUCCAAAUAAUAAUUAUAUUUGACAACAAUAUCUAAAACCACCCAGUGUAUGUUAAAUUGCAACCUAAUGGGUUGGGUUUGUCCCUUUUGACCCAAUGCUGGGUUGAAAAUAACUGCACUUUCAAUUGAGGUUUUAUCUUUAACAAACUAUUAAUUUAAUUUGGACACAAAUGGGAUUGAGUUCAAUGAAGUGACUGCAUUUUGGUAUGUCUAGUGUAUUAUUAAAGUUGUGCAUAUUUUUACAUUAGCCUAACUUUGGCAACCAGCAUAAAGCCUGAUACAUUGUAUUGUACUUGGAUUGCGUCUAACCUCUGUUUGCCUUUAGCCUGCAUGAAUUUACAUUCAGUGUAACAUAAAACCAAAUGUAACUGGAUUAACUGUGGAAACAGAUGCAGAUAACAAUUUACAAAGAGAAAUGUUUUUUAUCUCUGCUGUAAACAUAAGCUAUGGCUUUUGGGACUGAAU